AUGCUGCGGCAGCAGAUCCUUCGUGGCUCCCAGGACCAAACAGUGCUUCGAGGCAGCACUGCCUUUCAUCAGCGCAGUGCACCAGGUUACACAGACAUGGACGACCUUCAACCUGAAGGUGCUAAAGGCCGCGUGCGACAGCCUGCUCAGCUUUUGAAAGCUGCUCCAGAGGAGGAGGAGGCUUCGGACUCCGAUGCUGGCUCUUCCCAGUCACAGGAAGGGAACAGCGAGAAGAAGAUGAUCUUCGGUCCACUUCCUGAGAACCAGCCAAAGCGAAGGCGAAUCGCACUUGGAGGUCCUUCAGCUUCCAGUGGAGGUGAUGUGGUGGUGGAUUUCUUUUGA